UGCAACGUUUUAAAUUAAGCCAGAAGUGUGAUAGUUUCACCACGCAUUACACAUGCCCCAAUUUUUUUCACAGAAUUAGAACUUGGUGUCUUGUAGAAUUAUUCAGGACUCCUGGAAACAUUGCGGACAAUGGCAGCAUGACACCGUGGAGCGAUUUUAUAAAGAACUUCUUACGCAGUUGGUAAUUACCCUACACAGAUAAAACGCAUAUCGUUCGUUACAGCACAACAGUCUUCCUAAUUCCACGAAAGGUAAACACCGUGCCUCGCAUUGCUAGUUUCCCGAGGAGAACAGGAAGACCAACUAGAGGACCUCUAUAAGGCGUGAAUGGCACAAGAGUAAUCAGUAAUUAUUUUCAACCCGUCCAGUCACCCUGAUAUCUUCGCAGCAAUCUGCGAUGUUACGCUCGCACAUAUAUAGUUGUAAUAUCGACAGACGCUAUUGUAACAGUUGUAACAGACGCUAUUUCUUCGCGUCUAUGACGUGCUACUGCUUAGUAGAAUCAACUGAAAUCAAAUCGAAUAAUUUAUUUGCCUGGAAGAAGGUCGUGCAUUCAACUUCCGGUCGAGAUCACCGUAUUCGGCUGGCCAUGAAUAAAAAAAAAUAAUAAAAGAAAAAGAAAGGAAGCAAAAAAAAAAACGUUACCAUAACGAGCUUUUCGUACACGACAUAAUAGUCCCAGGUGGUUGCAAUUUGUCCCCAGCUCUGCCAUAUUUACACAGGAAGGCAAAUGCCAUGCAUGAAUCAUCGUAAGGCCUUGCGCCAAGAGCGGGCAAAGAUUCAACAGCGCUUUUGAGCCGUACUGAACUAUGCCGCUUUCUGCGAUAGCUAUUUGAAGAAACGAAAUGUUGCGUGACCUCAUUCAUACCUGUUUCAAGUGAAAGAUAUGCAUUGAAAUUGCUUAAAAGGCUCUGGCACCUUUAUUUCCCGAAAUAUUGUACUUUUGGUUAUCAUUCGUCUUUUUCAGGCACUCCUGAAUGAACAGCCUUUCUACCAGAUCGACGUGGAAGACACCGUAAACUACAGGUGGACUUUCCGCAUCAAAGUCCAGGGCCAAAUACUGCUUGGAAUGAGCACGACUAGUGACACUGUUGCACGCACGGAUGAUCUCUGGGGAAGACAGUGUUGUCUAAGGAAUCUGUGGAUGCCAGUGGGAACCAUAGGUGUUUACACAUGCGCUCUGGUGGACAACACUCAGGAAAACUGGAUCAAAUUGACAGACGGGAAUGGUACAAUAACUUCCCAUUAUUUUAGCCAUGGAAGCCUUCCGAAUGGUAGGCUACUGCAUUACACCAUUCGCAUCUCAUUCUCGGAGUACAUCGUAAGCACCGAUUUCGACCCGAAAAUUGCUCCGCAAGACUCGGACGCACCGAACUACAUUAACGCAUACUUUUCAAAAGCACUGAACAUCAUCAACUUCGAUGUGGACAUACCAUACACGUAGAAGACGAAUUUACUCUCUGCAUUCACACGUUUCCAGAGUUCCCGUAAUUAGCAAAAGUUAUUUCCUGAAAUAAACGAAUACUCCUGUUUCAAUAAAGUAUUAUCGCCCUUAUUGGCGUGCGCUCCUACAUCGUAGUCGGAGAAGCUUCCAGUAAAAGAAAGGCAUUCCCUUCACUCAGCGGUGUAUGCACAUUUCUGUAUGUCAUUUGGUUUGAGUCAGUUCUGUCCAGCAGUGGUGCCAA